UCGUAGGUAGGGUGUUGCUCAGCGAAGUGUGCAUUUUCAAGCUACCCACAGUGGUGUCUAUUGUCCUGUUUCUCAAUUGAAUGAUGUCAUGUUUCAUUUAAGGCUCUGGGUGAUGCUGAAGUCUGUGGUCUGCACACUGCGGGGGGGGGGGGGGGAAGGCAGCAGGGAGAAAGUUGCAAAUCAGGUUUUUGUGAAGCCUUUGUGAGCUAGAAGCUGACUCAUGCAAUAUUUCUAAGGAAGCGCUGUGUAGACUAGUCAGGCUGCCGGCUUACCUGGGAGCGCCCAGUGCGGUCAGCUGAGAGCAGAUGAUGACCCACACACAGCCUUGGUGCCGUGCAGAUGGGCACCGGUUGCAUCCGGAAGUACUGUCAGCUGUAAGUGAAGCUCCUGCUCCCACAACCACGGCCGAAAGCUCCCCAGCGCCCAAGACCAUGGAGCUCUCCGACAGCGAUCGCCCUGUCAGCUUCGGCUCCACGUCGUCCUCAGCCUCUUCCCGGGACAGCCAUGGCUCCUUUGGCAGCCGAAUGACCUUGGUUUCAAAUAGCCACUUGGGCUUGUUUCCCCAGGAUAAGGAAGCAGGGGCCAUCAAACUGGAGCUGAUUCCGGCCCGGCCGUUUUCCAGCAACGAGCUGCAGAGGGACAACCCCAGUGGAUCCCAGAACAUGAAUGGGGACAGUGAGAGGCAGCCCAAGACCCUGUGGAAAGGGGACACCACCGGGACCCCCAAAGCAACCACGGACUUGGCCACCAGCCCUAAGCUCCUCUAUGCAGAUAGAGUUGUGCGGGAAAUUCUGGACACCGAAAGGACUUAUGUGCAAGACUUAAAAAGCAUUGUGGAGGAUUACCUUGCCUGUAUCAGGGACCAAACAAAGCUCCCCCUGGCACCUGAGGACCGAGCUGCCCUUUUCGGGAACAUACAGGAUAUCUACCACUUCAAUAGUGAACUUCUGCAGGACUUGGAAAACUGUGAAAAUGAUCCUGUGGCCAUAGCAGAAUGCUUUGUGUCCAAGAGUGAAGAGUUCCACAUUUAUACCCAGUAUUGCACCAACUACCCAAGGUCAGUGGCUGUGCUAACUGAAUGCAUGAGGGACAAGGUUCUGGCCAAAUUCUUUCGUGAGCGCCAAGAAGCCCUGAAGCACCUGCUGCCCCUCGGGUCCUACCUCCUGAAGCCAGUGCAGCGGAUCCUCAAGUACCAUCUCCUCCUGCACGAAAUAGAAACUCACCUGGACAAGGACACGGAGGGCUACGAGGUGGUGCUGGAGGCGAUCGACACGAUGCAGCGCGUGGCCUGGCACAUCAAUGACAUGAAGCGGAAGCACGAGCACGCCGUCCGGCUGCAGGAGAUCCAGAGCUUGCUCACCAACUGGAAGGGCCCAGACCUGACCAGCUACGGCGAGCUGGUGCUUGAGGGGACCUUCCGCAUCCAGAGGGCCAAGAACGAGAGGACGCUGUUCCUCCUGGACAAGCUGCUGCUCAUCACCAAGAAGAGAGACGACAUGUUCGCCUACAAAGCUCACAUCCUGUGCGGGAACCUCAUGCUGGUGGAAGUCAUACCCAAGGAGCCCCUCAGCUUCACCGUGUUCCACUACAAGAACCCCAAGCUCCAGCACACCGUUCAGGCGAAAUCCCAGCAAGAUAAGCGCCUCUGGGUCCUGCACCUGAAGAGACUCAUCCUAGAGAACCACGCUGCGAAGAUUCCAGCCAAGGCCAAGCAAGCAAUCCUUGAGAUGGAUUCCAUCCACCACCCAGGAUUCUGUUAUAAUCCUGAGGGAGACACGAAAGCAUUUUGUGGCUCCAAAGAAGGAGCUGCACCAUACCGGCUGAGAAGAAAAUCUGAACCUUCCUCAAGAUCACAUAAAGUUCUGAAGAGCAGUGGAACAGCACAAGACAUCCAGAAGGUCUGCAGAGCGGAAGGCGCGGCGCCGCUGACGCCCGCAGGCCCGGCCCCGACCCCGAGGAGCAGCCAACCCGGCUCGGCCCUCGUCACCCUGCUCCGCGGGGGCGGCACCGUCAGGCACAUCUGGACGGACCACCAGAUCCGGCAGGCCUUGUUCCCCAGCCGCCGGCCGCCCCAGGACAACGAGGACGAGGACGAUGACUACCAGAUGUUCGUGCCGUCCUUCUCCUCCACCGACCUCCACUCGGCCAGGCUGGGGGAGGAGAGCACGGCCAGCCGCCCGUGCAGCUGGCAUCUGGGGCAGAUGGAGUACGCCGAGACCCCGGGCUCCGCUCACAGGGCCGUCCGGCGGGCCAGCAGUGCCGGGGAGAGCAACACGUGUCCCCCCGAGGUAAGAAUUCGGGAGAGCGACAGCUGCCAGUGCGGCCCCCAGGGGGGCCUGCAGGAUGGCCCUCGGCGCGCAGGACCGGAAGCGAUGGGGACCCCCUUCGGGUCAUCCAUCGAGCUGACGAUUGACGACAUCGACCACGUCUAUGACAACAUCAGUUAUGAAGACCUGAAGCUGAUCGUGGCUCAGAGGGGAGAAGCCGAAUGCACUCCCCCCAGACCGGCCAGGGACUCCCUGCGCCCUAAGAGCACCCCGGAGCUAACCUUCUCCAAGAAGCACGCCGACCACAGAACCCAGAGAGGAGGCGCCCCUCGGCAGCCCGCGCCGGAGGAGGAGAGGGAGGAGAACGUGUACGACACCAUAGGCCUCCCGGCCCCCCCGGUGCAGGACCCCACGGGCAGCAGCCUCAAGAGACCCAAGAGGGGCUCGUUCCUGGGGCUGGAGGCGGACUUUGCCUGCUGUGACAGCCUGAGGCCCUUUGUCUCCCAGGAUAGCCUCCAGUUCAGCGAGGAUGGCGCCCCGUACCCUCAGGGGCCCCCCGAGGAGAGCCACUACUUGAGUUUCCUCUACAGCUCUCCUCCGUGCGACUUGUCCGCGGCCGAUAAAGCUCUGUCCGACAAACUGUCGGAAGAAGUGGAUGAAAUCUGGAACGAUCUGGAGAACUACAUCAAGAAAAACGAGGACAAAGCGAGAGACCGGCUCCUCGCCGCGUUUCCCGUGAGCAAGGAUGACGUGCAGGACAGCCCGCACGCGGAGAGCACCCCUAAACCGAGCAGAGAGACGGGGCGUCCGCCAUCUGCCCUGUCCCUUCCCGAGAGCCAGGCCGCUCGGUCUCCUGGGAAGAGCAGGGCUGCCAGGAGUAGCCGGGCCGAGUGCUCCCUGCAGGAAGAGCACAUCUGCGGAGAAGGCUCCUUGGCGAGCCUCAGUCGCCUGUCUCUGGCCAGCGACAUGCCCCUGGUGGACAGCGCCUACGACCUGGCCAGCGGCAGCCUCCCCCACACAGACACGGACACCCCUGACCCUGGGGUGGAUGCCACGGAUAAGACCAAGAGCAGGGUCUUCCUGAUGGCGAGACAGUACAGCCAGAAGAUCAAGAAGGCCAAUCAGCUUUUGAAAGUGAGGAAUGCAGAUGUGGAGCAGCCGCUGGCCGGCCAGCCUCACAAGCCCGUGCACAAAGACCUGGCCGCCAUCUUGGAAGAGAAGAGGCAAGGAGGGCCCGCCAUUGGUGCCCGGAUCGCUGAAUAUUCCCAACUGUAUGACCAAAUUGUGUUCAGGGAGACCCCCCUGAAGACUCAGAAAGAUGGCUGGCCUGCCACACAAGAAACACCCCUUCUCCGGGCCUCGUCCCCAGCCCAGACCCAGCGUGGAGGUGAAGACUGGCUGUGGAAUUCCACCUACAGCAACGGAGAGCUAGCCGAUUUCUCUCCCCGGCCAGAACAAGACUUGAGAUCCAAGUACCCCACGUUAGAGAUGAGUUCCACCAGGACCCCCGGGCAGCUGUCGGCAGCCUGCUCCGUGCCUUCUCUUCAGGUCUCCGACCCUCUGCUGGGCUCCGCGCAGAGAUGCAGUGUGGUGGUAAGACAGCCCCACAAGGAGAAUUCGUGUCAGGAGCAGCUUUACAACUCCCUGGGGCGGAAGGGCCUGGGGAAACCUCAACCUUACAGCCGGUCCCACUCUUCUUCAUCCAUCCUGAUCAACAAAUCCCUGGACUCCAUCAACUACCCCGGAGACAUGGAAAAGAAGCAGCUGCUGUCAGGACACCAAAGUUCCAGGUGCGAGAGUCACCGGGACUCGCUGCCCGGUGGGGCAGACAACGGCUCACAGGAUGGUGACAAAGGCCCUGAUCUCACGCUGCAAGACUCUCAGAAAGUUCUAGUCGUGAAUAGAAACUUACCCUUCCACGCCCAAAUGGCAGCCCAGAACUAUUUUUCCAAUUUCAAAGAGAUCGAAGGUGAUGAAGAUGAUUACGUAGAAAUCAAAUCAGAGGAAGACGAGGUGGAGCUGGAGCUGGAGCUGGAGCUGGCCCGGAGCCGCAGGAGGAAAUCUGACAAGUCUUCAGGUGCUGACUUUGCUGACGAUGUCAGUGGGGACAGAGCCCGCCCAGCAACUACUCCAUGCCCCCCCAAAGAGCCAAUAAACAGCAAACUUGGGCUGUCACCGUAUCUGACAGCGUAUGAUGACUCCGACAAACUGAACGGCUAUCUUUGGAGGGGGCCAUCGCCCAAUCAGCAAAAUAUUGUCCAGUCUCUAAGGGAAAAAUUUCAAUGUCUCAGUUCAAGCAGCUUUGCCUAGUAUGGGCUGGAAAAGGAGCUGCCUGAAUGAACUCCUUCUUAGGCUCAGAAGUUACAGAUACUCAUGAGAUGUUUUAUAAUGCACCAGAUCCAAACGAUUUUAUAAUAACUACAGGUGUAAAAAAUAAAAAUAAAACACACUUUCUUUGACAGCACAUUUUGAACUGCUGAUCCUAUAGCCAGGACUGGACUUUAGCAAAUCUAAGCAGAUUAGCAAUGUCUUUUCCCCAAGACACUCAUCCUCAUGUUUCAUGUAUGUCAAUCUUGCUUGAAAUUUUUUAGGCUUUAAAAACCAACAACACCACAAUAGACAUGCCAAUAUUCCCAUACUUGAAGAAAAGAAAGAGCAUUCAUUCCCAUGUUACCUAAGAGUUUCAUCCUCGAACUCAGAGGCAGCAAGGAGACGUACUUGUUUUAGAAAGAAAAGGAAACUAAAGCCGUUCAAAAGAAUGCUGCUUACACUAGAGAUUUUUGUUACAUUUGUGGCAAGCCCCUGGAAUGUAGCCUCCCAUAACCUAUUUUAAAUAUUACUGUAGCAUUUCAUUCCCAUGAAGAAACUGGGUGAUGCAUAAAAAUUAAAAUGUCGCACUUGGACCAAUUUGCUGUAAGCAAAAGUCUUGGCAUUCUGGGACAACAACCCAGGAAUGGACCCCCCUACACAUUAUGUUGGUUAUGUGAAUCCUGGGGUGAAAUGAAGGAUCCUGUUCACGUUUUAAAACUCAGUUCAGUAAGAGGCACAUUGAUGUCACUAUUAGAAAAGAUGGGGAGAUUGCUGGGAACACCUUGAUUAUCUCUGCAAAGAACUGAAAGAGAAAACCCCCAAACAAGCCAAGCAGUGGUA